AUGUCUUCAAUCAACAGCAUCAGCGCGCUGCUUUUCUGGUGUCUCGCCAUCACCCCAGCCUUUGCACGCCUCUCAUAUCCCAAGCCCCGGCAAGCCGCCAGCGAUCUGACACCCAUCAUGUUCUCCGAGCCGCUCCUCGAGCCAAACAUCAUUGCUACCUUCGACAAUGGCAUAUGGAUCGAGAACCUAGCCGCUCGCUCAACAGAUGGCAACUUCGUCGGCACCGUACUCUCCAAGCCACAGGUCUACCUGAUCUCCUACGACAGUAAAUUUGACCCGGUCAUCGUGGCUGAAUUUCCCGAGUACACCGCCUGCCUAGGCAUAGUCGAGCUCGGUCUCGACGUCUUCUACGCCGUUAUCGGCAACUUUUCCACCAAAACCUUCACCUCUACACAAGGCAGCUACUCUAUCUGGGAGAUCAACCUGAACGGCCUCGAGCUCGAGCACGACAGCGAAGGCCACUGGUCUGACUGGAAACGCGGCACCCAAGCGCAACUCAAGAAAGUCGCAGACCUCCCUGAUGCGGGCCUCGCCAACGGCCUGACAGUCCUCAACCCCACACUCGGCAUCCUCCUGGUCGCAGAUUCAAUCAACGGCAUCGUCUGGUCCGUCAACGUCCGCACGGGCGACGUAGCCAGCGCGAUCAAAGACGCCACCAUGGCCCCCCAACCCGACCUCUCCGGCGGCCUCCCCCUCGGCAUCAACGGCCUCGUCGCCAGUAACGGCUACCUCUACUACGACAACACAAACACAGUCACCUUCUACCGUAGCCCCAUCAACUCCACCACGGGUGCAGCCACUGGCCCUGCGGAGCUGCUCAUCGAUCAGGAGUUCGCAAACAUCUUCCCGGACGACUUCACGCUUGACUUUGCCGGUAACGCGUGGCUGGCAUGUGAGUAUGGGCAUGUUGCGUUCUUCGACAGUGUGACCAAUGGCGAGAAGCAUAAUAUUACUGCGGUGGCGGGAAACUCGACGGGGCUGCCGCAUGGGUUGACAAGCGCGAAGUUUGGGAUUACGAGUUUGGAUCUGGAGCGUGGGAGUCUGUACGUGAGUACGAAUGGCGAUCCGUUCUCGUAUGGGUCGGACGAGCCGGCGAAGGGGCAGUUGGUGAGGUAUGAUACGGCGGUUUUGGGGUACUACUAA